GCAUUGAGGUUAAAGAAAAGUCCGGACUGCGGAGUGAUGUGAUCAAGUUUUUUCAGAUCAUUAAAACCAUGUCAAUAUCGAAAUUAAUUUAUUUCUUGCUGCUAACAUCGCAGUUGAUUACCUGCUGGAGCGGCAUAGAUGACAGCACCGAAGUGGCUCUGUUCAUGCGGCGCAAACUAGAUCUAUUGUCUGACCGGAUGAUUAGGCAGGUUUCUUCACACGUGGUUGCCCCAGAAAUAGAUGUGUCGCAGUAUGAUUUUACAUUACGCCAACUUACGUUGCACUUAAACAGCACAAUUACCGAUCCAAACAUAUUGUUUGCUCGCGCCAGAAGUAAUGGAGACACAUACCUUCUCAUUGGAAAGCAGAUUUCACGCGUCAUUAUUACCGAAGACAACUUCAACCUGGCACCAAUAGCAACCGUAAUAGAUGUAAAUGAAAAAGUCACGGAAUUUGAGAUUGAGGAGCUACUGGCUACAGAGAAUAAGGGAUUCCUAGUUGUCGCUUUAUACUUGCGGGAUCGAUUCCAAAUUUACCAAAUCUCAAGCAAUCCUAAAGGCUUAGCGACUGCCAAAUCCAUCCAAAGAAUUGGACGCUCAGGCCGCUCUACAAGAUCAUUCCUGGUUCAGAGCAUGUCGAAUUUAUUCUUGAUCACUGGUUAUUUGGAAUCGGGUUCUGGUAAAAUUGCAGUUUACCGUUGGUUAAAUAUGCAUUUCUCGUUGCGUGAUGUAAAGGAAAUGUCACGAUGUGAUGAUCUGUUAGUAUUUAGUGGUACUAACCAACUCGUUCUACUUGUAUUGGGGUUAGCUGAAUACCCCCAACGAUCAGUAAAUAACAUAUUCAUGCUCAACAGUCAGUUUAAAUUGAUAAAAACACAAGAAAUGUUUUUCUAUUUUGAUCGCAUGCCACACUAUGAAAUAGAAGACCAGUUUUACAUACUGCGCUGUCUUGCGCUAGGAAAAUGUUUUUUGUACAAAUGGAAUGGUGAGAGUCUUUUCCGUCGUGUUAGCAAAGUAAGCUUUGAUCCGAGGAGCAUCGACCUCAUGGCAUCAGAUCAUAAUAUUGCAGUUAUUUCACUGGAAAGAACACUUUAUUUCUACAACAAUCAACCAUUGCUUAAAAUGGCUUCAUCAUAUGUUGUCAUUGAUGCACGCGGUGCUGCAGUCGACACUUCUCUGAUGAUCGCUCCUCAAGUCAGUAAUGUGCUUCUGCACAAAGACCGAAACACCGAGAAGUUGUAUCUAUAUUUGCUGUACAGUAAAGGCCCGAAGCUAAUCGAUAUCUUCGAAGUGCGACUAAGCAAGGGAAGGAGCUCACCCAGUCCAGGUGAACAGUCUAACUUUAAUGCUCUGAAAACAUGUCUAAUGCGCAUCAAGGAUAUGGUAAACAUACGCAAAAACUGGAUAGAUUUAAUAAAAUAUCAAUUGGGGAAAACAAUUCGCACAUGCAAAUCAACCGGACAAGUUACAUUAGCAUCCAAAGUAUUUGUGGCUGAUUCGAAUACAAUCGAGUCCAUAGUUGUUGAAGGAAAUAUUGACAAUUCGCCGCAGGAGUUGGUGAGUGAAUGGAAUGCUAUCAAGGACAGUCUUGCUGUUUCACACUCCCAAUCAAAAGACUUGUUCUAUCUAAACCGAAUGAAUACAAUGCAAUCGAAUUUGAAAAUUCGAGGUAACUUACAUACCAAGUCAACAAAAAUGAAUAGUGUCAAAGUUCAUGCUAAUCAAGGGCGUAACAUGCGUACUCGCUCUAAAAGAGAUAUUCAAUCUUCAAGGACGGUCACCUCGGUCAUUGUCAACGCCAGAGAAAUCGUAUUUAAUGGAAAAAUAUUUGAAAAUACGCUUAGUCGGAAUAACAUAAACUACAUUAUAUCACCCGUCCACGUUACCAACAUCUAUACACCAACUGUUCUUAUGAGGCUGAAUACAAUCAACCGAAUUCCCAUUCUGCACAUGCUAUUUAAUACCACUGAGAAAAUUAUGGAAAAAGGACACAAAGUGUUCAAGGCGAUUGAUACGAAAGUUCUCAAAGUGUUUUUAUUGGAUGGAGUAAAAGCAAUGCAACGCUUUUCCAGUCUGCGUAGCUUCGUCGAUAGAACUGGCGUUGGAGAACCUAUACAAUUAUCAGACACGCGUGGUGUUGCCAAUCUGGUAAUAAAUGGCAGGUUGAAUAACGUACCAGUGGUAGAACUGUUACAGCAGCUGUACUACGCCGAUAAGAAAUCGACCAUUAAUGGUAAUGUUUUUCUGCGGGCGCCACUGUACAUCCGGAAUGUGUAUGCUCGUAGUUUAAAUAGUUUUCCAACAAAUAAUUAUUUCGACUUGAGAACAAAUCAAACCAUUUCUGCUGUUGUGCAUUUGUCGCAAGUGUAUGCCACGACUUUGCAUAGUAAAACUAUAAACGGAAUUAACAUUCCUGGAGAUAUAACGUUGAUAAGCUCAACGGAGAUGAUAAAAGCUGCACUUGCAUCUAAUUUCGUCGUCCUUGAGGAUCUUACACUUUCGACUGAGGAUCAGCACUUCACCAAGCAUGUAUUGGGAACAAAAGUUGAAGAUUUUUCGCAGAUUUACACGGGACGUGUUCAUUUGAAAGGAUCACUGAAAUUGAACAAAUUGCAGCUAGAAAACCAGAAAGGUCAAUUGCUUCUGAGAGGACUUACAGCCAGUCCGGAAACAAGAAAACAUUUCUGGAUGAAACACUUUGAACAGGAAAUAGGCAGCUUCACUUUCAACCGCCAAGUUGAGGUUAACCAUCUGGUGUGUGGGGAACUGAAUUACAAUCCCACUGUCAGCUAUCUGAGAGGAGAUAACUGGCCUUCGCAUUUAUCUCUUGAAAUGUCGAAAGCUUAUGUUCGGGGCUUUGUCAAGACGUAUGUUACAACCCCGACUUUCCUACAAUACAUCCAUUCCGAAGCUGUUCAGCGCGGAUCCAUGUCAACUGUAUCAGGACGUAAAGUGUUCACCGGUCAUCUUCAUACAGAUACGUUCGUAGCAGAUGUUGUAGAUUCGAUAAGCAUACAAAGCUUGGCAACUGACACUAGUACACUGGCGUUUCUCGAUGGUGCCAAGCAAAUCGAGAGGUUGUCAGCAGAAGAAUGUUAUAUUGAACUACUUGGUAGGUUGACUUUGAAGGAUUUCCACGAUGCCCCGUUCGCGGAUAUUGUAGAGAACAGCGUGAACGUCCAUAACCCACAAAAACUAGAAUACUUAAUUCUACCGGACAUCAAAGUGGAACAUCUUCAAGCAGCUCUAAUAAACGGCGUGAAUGCGGAAGAUUUUAUCACCGAAAUAGAUGAUUUCACUUACCGCGUGGAUCCUUUCGCGACACAGUUCAAGAUCGACAAUCUGGUAGUUCGAAAGAACAUUAUUUCAACAAGUCAAAUAUUUAUGGAAUAUCUGAAUACAGUCAAUGUGAAGGAAUACCUAAAACUAUUAACCCUGAAGGAUAACCACAAUGUAAAGCAGUGGGAAAUUGGGGGCUGUAAGUCAUUACAGAAAGGUUUGACAGUUGAUGGAAAACUAAAUGUAGUGCUUAUCAAUCGCUUGAUUAUGGACAGCUUACUUUACAAUUCGGCUAGGAAAUCCAUGCGUCAGAACGUCGUAGGUUCAUGGUAUAUUGGUCAUUUGGUAGCAAAAUAUGUUGCGACAAAGCAAAUCAACGAUAUACCGACCAAAUAUUUGCAGAAUUCAAAUUUGAAGACAUUUAACAUUAAACAUGAUAUAUCGGUUGAAACACUGUUGGUAUCGUCAAAUGUGCACGGCAUCAUUUUCCCUAACAGUUCAUCAGCCACGAUGGCACCGAAUAUUCAGUCGGUCGCUAGUCUAGCUGUUCAAGGAUCAUUUUUGCUGCAACAGUGGAAACCUGGAACAUUUUUCUUUGAUAUUAUACUAUCAGCCGUGACUGGUCAGACAGACGUUUUCGAUAAGACAAUCGUCUUCCAUGGAAAUUUCAUCGAUAUGCUUAACAUUUGGAACGAGGGCAAAAUAUUUAGCAGAAGUUGUAAUUUCAUCCAUCUAUUGUUGGAUUCGGUGAAAAGGAUACAAAAGAAUCUAGUUUUCAGCAGUGUUGGCAAAUCAUUUCUUGAUAUUGUGUGUUCUGGAUCAGUGGCAUCUAACGAUUUGAUUACAGCAUCGCUAGUAAAUGGAAUAGACGUGAUACACUUAAACCGUAGCAUACAUCCUGUUGGUCACCAACAGGAAAUGAUCAAAUCGACCAAGUACUUUGAAGAAGAAGUCAAAGUAGUGCAGCUGUUAUGUAACGACGAGCUGACCGGUAAUCUGUAUCCGCAUCACCUUGACCUCCAUUCAGAAACAAGCCAAAUGCCAAGGAAACGGUAUCAUUUUGAAAAGCCAACAGUCGUUAUUGGUAAUUUAUAUGUGGAUGCCAUCAACGAUUAUUCACUGCAACAUUUCCUUGCUACCCGUGUUGUUAAAAAUCAAACAUUCGCGCAUGAGUAUCGGGAAAAGUCCCAACAAGUUACUGGAUAUGUUACUUUCUCAAACUUGGUGCUAUCAAAUAAACAAAAUACAGUUCACGUAAUCAAUGGAAUUCCAGUGAAUGAGAUUGUCUCUAGAUCGUCGAAUGAGCACCAGGUCAUGGUUGAACCCAAACGUUUAAAAGGAACCAUUCAGCUACUUGGACCUACGUCUAUAAUGACAUGCAAUGAUUUCAACUUGCUCGAUGCAUACAAGUCGAGCUUUAUGCUGCAUGCCGCUGAGCUGUUUUUCAAAAAGUUGAUAUUUACCGCCGAAGGUACUUUGCAAAAUGGAUUGUCCAUUGAAUAUACGCUAAAUGGUAUAUCAGUGCAGAAAAUGAUGAAGCUCCGACUUUCCUCAGUAGAAGAUCUAUUGCCACUAAUUCCAGUAAUCAGAGAGCAACUAUCCGUUUCAAGUGAUGCGUAUGUUGCUAAUAGUGCAACGGAAUCGCACAUGUUAUACAUAGAAAACGUUCCUUUAGAUGAUGGGAUUAUUAUGGUGCAAAGCACCGCAAGUCGACAAUACAGUGAAAAAUCUGAUGCGUCCAGAACAAUUAAUUUGGAUAAUACCUGUAUAAACGGUGUGAAUCGUAUCAACGUUACUGUUCACCAAAAGUCAUCACGUGGCGACCAAUUUUUCGCUAAUACUUUGAUAGAUGGUGUUUUGAUAAGAUCGGAAUGGAAAGAAUUGCCGUACAUCGAGGAGAACGAAAUUUUGAUUGUAUCAUUGGUGGAGAUAAAAGGAAAAUCUGUUCUAGUUAUACUUGUGCACAAGAAUAAAGAGCUUAGUGUUCUGCAAGAACUUCCACUAAAUACAUUCGGUGCCGAAUUUUAUUUGGUUUCCGCUAACGAUACGUCACUCUUACUGGCCGUAUCCGAUUCUCUACAACUUCAAUUGCAUACGCUGAUUCCUAAGCUCAAACUGUACUAUUACGAUCCAAUUGCGAUGCGGUUCAUAAACUUCAAAACGUUCAGUGGUAGCUAUAAUGCUGUUGUGGCCGUAAAUGUCGAGGAAAUGAUUAUGAUAGCGAUUUCGGAGAAAAGUUCCAACAUUUUGGACAUAUUUGCAAUGGACCAUUCAUACUCAACAUUAUAUCAAAAGAUCAUUUUCGACUCAACCGUGGCUUCAUUAAGAGCAUUCAGAUUACAAGGGUUCCCGGCGCUACAGAUAUCUACGGUGGAUAAUUUGAUUUACAUAUACGUUCACAAUAGUCUUGAGGGAUGGAAGCAGCUUUCGUAUGGCAGACUAGCAGCAGAUAUCAACUAGGAUAGUGCUGACAGCAUAUUACAUGGGGCAAAUCAAUGUAUUGUUUUAUAUGCUUAGGUGUUCUUUAGCAGUUUAUGAUAGUUAAGUUUUGUUGUUAUACAGAUUUUUCUGUAAUUAGUUUGUUGUUAAUGGAUAAUUUUAAGUAAAAAUUUACAGUACAAAGCGUGUUCUAGUGAUUGUAAAUUGGUGUUGUACACUUCUAAUUAAUUUCUGAUCUAAGAAAUACGCUUUAGCUUUGAAACAUGAAACAGCUUUUUUUAUUCCAGAU